AGUAAACAAACCCAUUUUCAUUUAUUCAUUGUUUCAAUGAAAACGAUAGGUUACCUCAGCGGGCUUACCUGCUGGAACUGUAAGAGCAGGUAGAAGUCAUCUAUUUGUGAAAUCAACAGCCGGUUCUGUGGAUUCUUCAAUAUGGGAGCCGAGCCUUGUGGUUUUAUAUGCAGCAGAAGAAAAUGAAUCACCAGACCAUAGAGAAGUUACGUGCUUUGGAAUUCACAUUUAGCUCCUUUCGUAAAUUGCUGAGACUGGGAAAAUGUGUCGAUGUUAUGUACAGUGCGCUGUCAUCAAUACACUACCCAAACAUAACUGUGAGAGUGACCACAACUUUAUCACGCAUAUCAAUGUCACUUUACUUGCUUGCGGACCACAUUUUGUGGAUAGGCCGUACUGGACUGUGUGCGGUCAAUGGAGAGAAGUGGGGCAAGGUUGCCAACAAGUACUGGAUGUAUGCCUUAUUAAUGAACCUUGUGCGGGACAUUUAUGAAAUUCACCGAAUCUUGAAGCUGCGUCAAGUGAGCCUCUCUGACUUCUUCUCUGAUGGAUGUGACGCCCGCAAGAAGCUAGCCACAUGUGCUAGGGAUCAUAGGGAUGUUAUAGUAGACACAGUAAAAAAUGCAUGUGAUGUAGUUAUACCAUUGACAGCUCUAGGCUUCCUGAACUUCAGUCCAGGGUCUGUUGGUCUGUGUGGUGUUGUUUCAUCUGCUGCGGCCUUACUUACUUUAAUAGAUCCCUUAUUGAAGCUUACGCCAUCAUAAAAUACAUUCAAUUAUCCAAUUACCUGUGUGUCGAUACGCUCAAAAUAAUGAUGGCAGAACAAUUAAUGUUAUACCCUAUUUCUGUAACAUGUGAUCCUUCCCUGACUGAAGGACAGUUUUAAUUUCCGCCUGGUUGAUACCUGCUUGAUACUUUUAUCUUGAACAUGAACCUAGUCAUUUUACUAAGAUAACACUUGAUUAGUGGCGCUGAUUAAACAGAAUGUUCUUAAUGAGAAAUUUUUGUACAGAUUGUACAGAAUAAGUUUCACACUCCAAAAUUACAGAAUUACUUUAAAUAUGAAAUAUCUUCUUUAUGUUUAACAUAUUUUGUCGUAGGGUUAUACUUUAAGAAAUCUUUGAAGUGUUCAUACAGUAUUGACUGAAGAGGCUUAGUUACCCAUCCUUGUAUGAACACUGUGUCUGAUCAAUUUAUGGGUAUUAUUUGUGUCUGUGUAUUCAAGUUGUCAAUUAAAUUGGUUUCAUUUUUUAA